GGUAGUUCUUUGGGUUAGUUUAAACAAUUAAAAACUAUCGUGAAAAUGAUUGGUUAUAUCAAUUAGAAAAAAUAAUUUUGCUAUACUUUAGUGAUUUUACCCUAGAAACAUGAAAUACACCAAAGAUGAUAAGAACAUGCUGGAAAUUUAUCGCAGAAAAUCAACAUUUAAUAGUAAACACCUUGAAGAAUUCAUCGAAACAAAAGAGGCAGUUGACAUAAAGAGAGAAGUGUUCCGAAGGCUUGAAAAUGAUCCGCUAUUUCAAAAGUCUAACACCUCAGAAAAUCUGGACCAGAUAAGAAAGAUUACUCAUUUACGAAGUAAGCGAAUCGCUGACUAUGGAAUCCUUACUGAUCCAAGACAAAACAAAAUGCCACUGUGGUUUCAUGCAGUUGUCAGUGCCUUAGUGCAAUAUGACGUCAAUCUCCUCAUCAAAUCCGCAAUAUCAACUCAUUUUUUUGGGGCGGGUGUCAGAGGAUUGGGCAAUCACGAGCAGCAGAAACAUCUUGAAGACGCUAUGGAUGAAAAGAUAGUUGGUUGCUUCGCUCUGACCGAGGUGGCACACGGUACAAAUGCGAGAGCAAUGAGAACCACAGCAAGAUUUGAUCCAGAAACACAAGAGUUUGUACUACACACAGAAGACUUUAGAGCAGCCAAAUGCUGGAUUGGAAAUCUUGGUCAAUCAGCCACUCAUGCAGUGAUUUUCGCACAGCUCUACACUCCUGAUGGAAACAACCAGGGUUUACAUGGCUUCCUUACUCCGAUAAGAGACCCAAACACCUUCUUACCCUUUCCCGGGGUCAUCAUAGGGGACAUGGGAGAGAAAAUCGGACUUAAUGGAAUGGAUAAUGGGUUUUGUAUAUUCAACCAAUAUCGAAUUCCAAGAGAAAACUUACUCAGCAAAUAUGGGGAAGUCACUGAAGAUGGCCAAUAUUUUUCACCUAUCACAGACCCUCGGAAAAGAUUUGGGUUUUCCCUGGGUGCCCUGCUGGUGGGCAGAGCUGGAGUGAUAAGCAUGUGUGUAUCUCUAUUGACCAUCUCUCUGACGAUUGCCAUCAGAUAUUCAGCCAUCAGGAAACAGUUUGGUCCGUCUGAUGACAAGGAGCUUUCAAUCAUCGAAUAUCCAUUACAGCAAUGGAGGUUGUUCCCACAUUUAGCAGCGUUGUUUGCUAUGAAAGCGUCAACCAGGAUAAUGAUGGAAACUCAAAGUCACCUCUCUCAAUCACUUGGGGAUCCAUCAAGAAUUCUUACUCAGGAAGAGAUGGAUACUUUAACUGAAGAACACGCCCUGCUGUCUGCGUGUAAAGCAGUUUUCAGUUGGAAGACCCAAGUGGCAAUUCAAGACUGCAGGGAGUCGUGUGGUGGACAUGGGUAUCUCAAAAGUUCCAGACUGGGGGAGUUGAGGAAUGACAAUGAUGCCAACUGCACAUACGAGGGGGACAACAACGUGCUACAACAGCAGGCUAGCAACUGGCUGCUGCGGCUGUGGCGGUCCCGCGGCAGGGAGAUGUUCCCUUCACCCCUCGGUUCUGUGAAGUUCUUGUACCAGAGUCACCCAGACCAUCUGAAUGCCACAACUGAGGAGGAAGUUUCCCAGCCCUCUGUGAUUAUUGCUGCAUAUCAUUGGCUGUUGUGCUGGCUCAUGGAGAGGACCAAUGAGAGGUGUGAAACACUGCAGAGCUUUGGUCAUGAGAGGUUCUCUGUUCUGAACCAUUCCCAAGUCUAUAGAGCCAAGAGCCUGUCUAUAGCUUAUGCUGAGUAUUUCAUGCUGAAGAGUUUCUGGGGGUUGUGCUGUCGUGCUGAUGGUCACAGUAUACAAGCACAGGCUGUGCUGACCAAACUGUGCUCACUCUUUGGACUUUCUUGUCUGGACAAACAUCUUGUCUACUUGCAUCAAGGUGGAUUCAUAGAUGGCCAUCAAAGCCAGUUGAUACAAGACACUGUUCUGAGUUUAUGUGAGCAGUUGAAGAAUGAAGCCGUUUCGUUGGUCGACGCCAUUGCUCCUCCCGACUUCAUUUUGAACUCUGUUCUCGGAAAUUCUGAUGGCGAAUUAUACAAACACCUGGAACAAUCUCUAAUGAGAUCAGCUACUCCGAUGGGACGACCUGAUUGGUGGAAAGAACUCUCAGGAAAAUUUAGAUCUAAAUUGUAACUCAAUAAAAGGUAUCAGCAAACUGACACAUAACUUACUUUC